AGGCGGCGGCGGGCCACGCAUGCUCCGUGCGGGGCGCCGGGCCGGAAGCGUCCUGUCGCAGGCGGCGUUUCCUUCCUGUGCAUGGCCGGGCGAGGGUUUCAAUUGCCUCUGGCGCUGUGUCGGGGUUUACAAUCAAGAUGGUACAUGCUGAAGCCUUUUCACGUCCAUUGAGUCGGAAUGAAGUUGUUGGUUUAAUUUUCCGCUUAACAAUAUUUGGUGCAGUAACAUACUUUACUAUCAAAUGGAUGGUAGAUGCAAUUGAUCCAACAAGAAAGCAGAAAGUAGAAGCUCAGAAACAGGCAGAAAAACUAAUGAAACAGAUUGGUGUGAAAAAUGUGAAGCUUUCAGAAUAUGAAAUGAGUAUUGCUGCUCAUCUAGUAGACCCACUUAAUAUGCAUGUUACUUGGAGUGAUAUAGCAGGUCUAGAUGAUGUCAUUACAGAUCUGAAAGACACAGUCAUCUUACCUAUCAAAAAGAAGCAUUUGUUUGAGAAUUCCAGGCUUCUGCAGCCUCCAAAAGGUGUUCUUCUCUAUGGGCCGCCAGGCUGUGGGAAAACCCUGAUUGCCAAAGCUACAGCCAAAGAAGCAGGCUGUCGGUUCAUUAACCUGCAGCCGUCAACACUGACUGAUAAGUGGUAUGGAGAAUCUCAGAAACUGGCUGCUGCUGUUUUCUCUCUUGCCAUAAAGCUACAGCCUUCCAUCAUCUUUAUAGAUGAAAUAGACUCCUUUCUACGAAACCGUUCCAGUUCUGACCAUGAAGCUACUGCUAUGAUGAAAGCUCAGUUUAUGAGCCUCUGGGAUGGACUGGAUACGGAUCAUAGCUGCCAGGUCAUAGUGAUGGGAGCUACUAAUCGUCCUCAGGACCUUGACUCGGCAAUCAUGAGAAGGAUGCCUACAAGAUUUCAUAUCAACCAGCCUGCUCUAAAACAAAGAGAAGCAAUCUUGAAACUCAUCUUGAAAAAUGAAAAUGUGGAUAGACAUGUAGACCUGCUAGAAGUUGCCCAGGAAACAGAUGGGUUUUCAGGAAGUGACCUGAAAGAAAUGUGUCGAGAUGCUGCCCUCCUCUGUGUCAGGGAGUAUGUUAACUCUGCAUCAGAAGAAAGUCAUGAUGAAGAUGAGAUUCGGCCUGUGCAACAGCAGGACCUGUAUCGGGCAAUUGAAAAGAUGAAGAAAUCAAAGGAUGCAGCAUUUCAGAAUGUUUUAACUCAUGUUUGUUUAGAUUAAGAGUAAAGUUCAUUUGUACAGUUCAGUCAUCUAGUUUGUUUUGUGCUCUUAUCUGUGAGUGAAGGCUCUUAAAACUGAGGAGUUCUAUGCUUGUGCUUUUGUACUCUGAAUCCUAAGUUAUAAAGGCACAGUUGUUAUAUAAAUGGUAUUGCCACUUGUCAGAAAUCAUGAGGAGGAACAGUUUAAUCCAGCCUGAGUGUGGGCACUUGUGUGUGACCUCUUUAGCCAUAUGUUGUUGUAGCCUUAUAGGAUCUAAGCUGGUCUUAAAAGUAAUACAUGAUCACUAGUGAGAAAUGGGAUGUGGUAGCUGCUGGUUCCUAGACAUGUGAGUUUGUAUGCUGGGUGUGUAUGUAUGUGUGUAUGUUAAAAUGUAUAUACCUGCACAUUUUUUUAUUGACAUUCUGUAGAUAGGUUUGAAUACAGAAGAUUUUUUUUUUAACCCCAACUACUGAAUCUAAAAGAACCAAAUAGUAUAAUAAGAUUCAGGACUGUAUGCAACAGGUAUGGUGAUUCAGCCAUUUCUGGUUGUCAUCUGUUUUACCCUUUAAGUUGAACAUUUCUCUGUCUGCAAUUGGUUGGGCCAGUCACAUGUGCAUAUACACAUGUGGCUCGGUUAUAGUAGUUGUCAAGAUAAUCAGAUAGCAGUACUUGUUCAAUGAUCAGCACGGAGUCGUUGGUAGCAAACUGAUCGUCAUUGGUUUCACUUCCUAUAUUGAAUAGACAGUUAUAAAAGUUUUCAACUUAUUUGCAUUAAGGUGGAUUGAAAGCUUUUUGAAAGAAUGGGCCUGAGAAACCUAAGUACCCUUUAAUUCAUGUACCUGACUUUUUUAAAAUAUAACAAUUCAGUUGUAGCCAUGGUUUUUAAAUGUUAUUUAUGUUAUGUGUUCUUUAAUUAUGUUCAAAUUUAAUUUGGUCACCAAAAAUGAAAUGAUAGUUUACAUAACUAGUUAUUAUUAGAUAUGCUAAAAUAUUUUGUAACUAUAAUUUAGAAAAUUAUCCUAGCAUAUUAUAAAUUGUAUACAAUUUAUACAUCAAACUUCUUUUCUGUUCAAAAUUCCAUUCACCAGAAUUUUGUCACAGACACCUGAAUACACAGCAUGAGGAAAAUGGCACAACACAAUCACAGUGCCUUCUGAGUAUCAGAAAGAUUAAAUUAUGUUGAAAAUACUUCUGUCUUUAUUUCAUUAAAAACUAGAUCCUCAUGAGUUACUGGA